AUGACACCGUUUCAAGCUCUUUAUGGCCGAGCACCUCCAUUGAUCCCUCAUUACCCACGUGGAUUAGUGAAACUUAAAGCAUUGGAUUCACUUUUAAAUCAUCGAAAUGAAUUGUUAGCUGCUCUCAAGACUCAUUUGGAACGAGAUCAGAAUAGGAUGCAUAACCAAGCUGAUAAGCAUCACAAUGAUCACUCUUUUCAAGUAGGUGACAUGGUCCUAGUGAAAUUGCAACCUUAUAGACAAAUCACAGCUUCUAGACGUUCCAAUAACAAGUUAGCAAAGCAUUUCUAUGGUCCUUAUCCAAUUCAGAAGGUCAUCAGUAGUGUAGCUUAUCAAUUGCAGCUACCUGAAGGAUGUAAAAUUCAUCCCACAUUUCAUAUUUUGACUCUGAGGCCUUUCCAUGGUAAUAGCAGCUUGAGUUUCUCAUCUUUGCCUUUGCACAUUGUAGAUAACAAGCCUGUGCAGUUACCAAUUGCUAUUGUUUCUUCUCAUGUUGUUCAGAUCUGUGGCAGUCCUCAACACAUGAGCUUAGUGCAAUGGUCAGCUUCCAGAAGAUGCUUCGUGGGAGCCCAUUUCAGAGUUACGCCGUGUCUAUCCUCACUUAGACCUUGA